GACGGAGCGCUCUGUCUGCCACUCGCUACACUUCAUUGCUGCACGCUUUAUUUUCAAUCGAGUCACUUCUCUAUCGAGUAACGGUAACCGGGGUGGUGACUCUGUUCGGAUGUUAUCGGGCGACCGGAAAUGAUCACAAGAUGGACAAAGAACUCGACUGAUAAACGGAAGUCAGAAUAAAAUUUUUGAAAACACAGCGGAGUUGACGCUACGUCUAUAUUUCUCUACUGACAAAGACUUUGAGCUAUUUUCAUACUAGUUCACUCUAGAUUUUUUUUUCUACUCUUUACUCCGGCACAACAAAGUCGAAGUUCCCUUCGAAACUUAACAGUGACUUUCACUUGGAGUGGUUUUAAGUUAUGCAAAUAUUUGUAUAUAACGUUAAUACAAUUUUUGCGCAAUCUUAAUCAGGUGUAUGAAAUUCGCAUAUCCUUUGGCCUGUACUACGGAAUCACCUUAAAUUAUUCAUUAUGCCGACAGUGUAAUAUGGGUCAAAGUCGAAAGGGUCAAUACCCCAAGGUCUUACGUGUACAUCACGCAUGCACAUUCAAUAAUACAUUCGCAAACGCAAUCGCGCAGAAUUUACUUUCACUGAAUUACAUUUUGCAAAAUUCAUUAUCAUAAUUCUCAUUAAGUUCACAUUGUGUUUCGCGAUGAGGAAUUUAUUGUUACGUAUUCCCUGUGUAUAUUCCACCCACUGAGCUGUACAUUGAAUAUGGCCAUUUUAAGUUAUUGCGAACAAAAGGCUCACAUGCGUUAUCGUUGUUCUUCUUCGAACGUGUGUUUCUGUUGAAUUAUCGAGACUUUAUACAAUAUUGAUAUGACAGUGUUCGACCAUGACUUUAUUGAUCGGUAGUAUUAUUGCUAAAGGAAUUCUUUAGACAGGUAUAUUAACAGUAAUUUUCAUUGUAACAUGUUAUCGAAUUAUCAGUACGUCACGUGGCGACGAGACAAGACUGUUUCCUUGAUUGAAUUAUUUGCAUAUUGAUGUCAUGAAAUAGUCGUGAAAUAAAGAAUAGCCGAAAGUCAUUUUAUAACUUUGUAUUAGGAUAUACAGUUCGAUCAAUAAUAAUGACAGGAUGACCAGUUUGAAUAUUUGACGUUAUGAAAAUUUAUUAUUUGAUUAAGCAACGGUAAAGUUUUGACAUAUGUAGAUAUACAGUAAUCGAUCGAUCGAAGUAUCGAAUGAACAGAUGUUUUUGGUAUCAAGGGAAAAAAAUCUUUGUAAUUAUCAUUAAAUUGAUGGAUAAGAGGAAUUAUCUUUAUAAUGAGUAACAAAAAGGGGACCUCACCGACAAGGAAAAAAAAUGUAAAAAAUUCAUCACUACCCGCGGCCGACCAACAUGACAAAUUAAAGAAGACGACCUCGACCUCAUCUCUUUCUGUGGAAAAUAAAGAUUUGUCCAAAAACCUUAAACCGAAUAUUCAGCAACGUUCCAGUAAAAUAACAAACUUCAGUAGACUCUCCGUAACCAGUAACGAAUCGAGCAACGAGCGAGAGAAAUCGUGGAAUAACUUUGCAAGAUCAUCAAAUUAUUCAAAACUUGCUGGCCAGGGAUGUUUUAAUCGAGACGGCGAAUUGAUUGGGAUGUUAAGUAAAGAAUUGUAUUUGGCCGAAAAUCAAAUGCAAAGGAUGCAAGCGAUUCUGAUGAAAGCCGAAGACAGAUUGAAGCUGAAGGAUCAGGAGAUUGGACGUCUUAGAAGAAAAAUUAAGGACUGGGAGGCUAAAAGUAAGAAUCAGGAAUUAUUACGCAAGAAAGAGCAACAAGAUAGACGGAAUCAAGUUCAAGAUUCAGAAUACGUUCAUAAACGCUGUUUGAUGUUGGAGCACAAAAUUUACGAGAUGGAGGUUAUUCCAUGCAAUAUUUUUUGGUCAUCAUAUAUUUUACUUUUCAUACAAUUCUCAAAUGUUGUCAAUCAGAAAUUUUUGGCUGACUAUGGAUUAAUUUGGGUUGGCGAAUCCGGCAAUCGAAAAGAGAAUCAAAGAAAUUCGUUACCAAAAAAUUAUAUCGAGUCUUGUUACACGCGGCUGACAGCGAAUAUCGAAGAGUUAAAUAUGGCAGUAGGUAAGGGCGAGGUUCAAGUUCAUCGUAACGAAGACGGUGGUGGUGCCUCAUUCAAAACAGCGUCAUGCAUGUGCCUGAAGUUUUACAAGAAUGGGAUGAUCCUUCAAAACGGUCCCCUACGUUCAUACUCUAAUCCAAAAACAGAAUCCUUCAUACGUGACAUCAUAGAUGGAUAUUUUCCUUCAGAAUUACAACAGGCCUACCCCAAUGGCGUGCCGUUCAAGGUCGAGGAUCACAGAUUGGAGACGUACCUAGUCAACGGCGUUGGUUUUCCUGGACAGGGUUAUCGCCUUGGUAAAAAUUCACCCGAUGAAAUCUCCUCGAGAAUCUCAAGCAAAAGAUUCGGAACCGGUUUCUACGAUAGUUCCCGUCAUAGUGUCACUCAGCGACAACAAUUCUAUAGCUUCGAUCCUACGACGACUGCAGCGCCAAACGGUUCCGCCAGAUCGAUCAAGUCAAAAUGCUCUUUGGAAACUACAAAGGAUUUGAAUAGUUUACGAUCGAAGAUACUCGCGUCGCACAACAACAAUUGUUCGGAUACUCAUUUACAGUCGCAUAUCAAUGCUGAAUUAGCUUUAAGUGGCCGAAGCGAGAAGAAACGUGAUCUAGCUACGAGGAGUAGACAGUAUCAUAUUUCUGUUAGGGAGAAAACUUUGAAAAGUCAGCGAAUUCGUUUGAGAUCAUCAGGGACUCCCAGUGGAAGUAGAGCAAGUAAUCUUAGUUCGAUCGACAGAUCACCCAUUGGAAUCUCACCCAGUCGAUCAGACAGUGCCAGUGACGGGAAUGGAUCUCGUUCCCGAUCGACUAGUUUAACGGGGGAUCGCUUUAAGAUUAGGUCGCUGUCACGAUUGCGCAUGUCUUUCUUAAAUCUCAAUGGAAAUCACUCACACUCGACUAGCCAUGGGGAUUUUUAUUCUGAAUGUAAAAAACCGCGAAUCACGCGAUCUGAUACACUCGAUAGAAAUACCAAGGCACCUUUAAUUCGUCAGAUCAAUCAAUCCAGUGGACAAUCUGGAGAGCUCAGAAUCAAAGUGAGAUCGUUAAGUGGUAGCACUGUUUUUCUAAUGCACGUGUUUCCCAAUGACUCUGUCGAGAGACUGUAUCAACUUUUGAAUAGUGUCAUGCCGAAAGCUCAGACGGGAAGAUACAAAAUUAUUAUCAGCGGCUACUUUCCCAAGAGGUUGGAUUGUAUGAAAAUGUCCUUGAGAGAAUAUGGUAUUGUCAGAGAUAGCGUUCUUCAUUUAGUUAAUGUCUAAAGAUUCCCUGAAGAAUUGAAUUUUUAUUGUCUCGUUAAUCACUAAACUACUUUGGUCUAAAAAGGAAUCUGUAAUGAAUCAAUUAAAUGUCGAUAACUAAAAGUAAUUAAAAAAUUUAAUAAAAACUGUAAAUUA